ACACUCCUGCUAGAAGCUUAGUUUGGACUCGGUUAUCUUUCAUGCAGUCACCUGUGUUUCACUGCCUUCAUGUCUGUGAGCUCAGCACGAACUCGCGGUUGGCAAAGCAGGUUAAGUCCAAAAUAAAACACGAACAGCGAAGCUGGUUUUGAAAUAUGCCGGUAGUGUGAGGUUGGCCAGUGUUAGCACGGAGCUAGCUGCUGUUAGUUUGUUUUGCUAACGCUGAGUUAACCCUGCAGGAUGGCUGCUGAGCUCUAUAUCUACUAAUGAUGCUCAGCAACUAACCUCGGCGUCCGGAUUUCGAUUUGCAAUAUAUAAAUCAAAACAUCCGAGUCAGUCCAGUUUCCAGCAGCAGACGCUUGUGCUGGGUUAAACGUUAUCAGUGGAUGUGAAACCUGAAGCUACCGGCAUCCACGGCAUGAUUCAUUCGGUUGUUUGAUGGGGAUUUUAAGGAUCAUGAUGCUGCCAAAGAUCCAGCUUUUGGCUGUUUUGGCAUUCGGAGUGGCGAUGCUGCUGAUCGAGAAUCAGAUCCAGAAAUUGGACGAGUCCAGAGCCAAACUAGAACGCACCAUAGCCAGACACGAGGUGGCCGAAGUAGAGCAGCGUCACAGCGAAUACGGGGGUGGGCGGGAAGUUUCGCCGAUAGUAGAAAACGACGACACGGUCAUCAUCUACAACAGAGUGCCCAAAACAGCCAGCACGUCCUUCACUAACAUCGCCUACGACCUGUGUGGGAAGAAUCGCUUCCACGUUCUGCACAUCAACACAACCAAGAACAACCCUGUCAUGUCUCUACAAGACCAAGUGCGCUUUGUCAGGAACGUCACCUCAUGGAGAGAGAUGAAGCCCGGCUUCUACCACGGCCAUGUAGCUUAUCUGGACUUCUCAAAACAUGGCAUGAAAGGUAAACCACUGUACAUCAAUGUGGUGCGUGAUCCCAUAGAGCGCCUUGUAUCGUACUACUAUUUUUUACGUUUUGGAGAUGACUACAGACCAGGCCUUCGACGAAGGAAACAAGGAGACAAGAAGACCUUUGAUGAGUGUGUGUCAUCAGGUGGGUCUGACUGUGCUCCGGAGAAACUGUGGUUGCAGAUCCCUUUCUUCUGUGGUCACUAUUCAGAGUGCUGGAACGCGGGCAGUAGAUGGGCUCUGGAACAGGCCAAAUACAACCUGGUAAACGAGUACCUGUUAGUGGGAGUAACGGAGGAACUCGAGGACUUCAUCAUGAUCCUGGAGGCAGCACUCCCACGCUUCUUUAAGGGAGCCACAGAUCUCUACAGAACAGGAAAGAAAUCCCACCUUAGGAAGACCACAGAGAAGAAGCCCCCCACCAAAGAGACAAUAGCCAAGUUGCAGCAGUCAAACAUCUGGAAAAUCGAAAAUGAAUUUUACGAGUUUGCACUUGAACAGUUUCAGUUUGUGCGUGCCCACGCCGUCAGGGAAAAAGACGGAGAACUCUUUGUCCUUGCACAGAGCUUCUUCUAUGAAAAGAUCUACCCCAAAGUGAACUAAAAGUGUCAACAGAAAAGCAUUAACAAAGCUGCACAGGGACAAGUCGUGUACACCGGGAAAGUACGAGACAUUAAGCAGUGCUGGUUUCACUGGGGUCUAGUUGGGAAAUCCUUUCAGACACUGUGGUGAAAUUUCUACUUUUUUUAUUGCUAGAGCAGCUGUUGAGAAAACGAAGGUGUCAGUCUAUACUGUGAGAAAGAAUUUCCCAAACCUUAAGACAAGAAGAGUUUUUUUACCAUGUUUGAUGUUUGGGUGGACUUUCAAAAUAAAAGCAGGAAACCUCAACUACUUCAGCAGCUUCAAAACAGUGUUUAGUGCAGAUGGUCACGGCUACAUUCCUACGUGCUGUGUUAACAUGUUUUUGGACCAAAUUGUAGCAAAAGAAAACAGAUUGGAUCAUUGCAUCCUUUGGUGCGUGACUGGUAAUUUUUUAUUCCACUGAGAUCUUCUCAAUUUUUACAUGUUUCACACAUUAUUUCAGUGAUUUAUCACAGAUAUUAAUGUGCAUGUUUUUUCUUAAAAGACAGCUGCUGUUCUUUUGGGUUUUUUUAGUCUGAAAGGACAACCUGGAGUAGGAGAAAGGUACUAAUGACUAACAGCUGGAAUGUUUGAGUACAGUACUACUGCAAGCAAGAAGAAACUGAUAGUGCCUUUAUAUUAAUGUAUAGAACAUUUCUUUAAUAUUAUUUUUCCUCCGAUCCCACAUUCACUUUCCUUUUAUUUUGGUGCAUUGCUUCUAUGAUUACUGUUGUUUUCCACUCUCCACAGUAACACUCUGAAUAUAAACAAAUAACUGCAA